AUGCUUCAGUGCCUCCAGCAGCAUGUGCAGUUCCCAACAGGCGAGGAGGAGCCGCGGACUGCCAGAGCUGGCUUCGCGUUGGUUGCAGGGUUCCCCAAUGUCAUGGUGGCUGUGGACUGCACGCAUGUCGCUAUGGUGGCCCCACGGAAGGAUCCCAUGGUGUACCAGAACAGGCACCACUUCUACAGCCUCAAUGUGCAGGCAUCCUGCGACCACUGGGGAGUCUUCACAGAUCUGGUGGCGAAGUUCCCAGGGAGCAUGCAAGAUGCUCAGAUCUUCACGUCCUCGGGCCUCAACCUCGGGCCUCAACCCCAGAUGGCCAGGGGGUACCCGCUGCUGCCCUACCUGCUGACGCCGUACCAGGAGGACGCACCCGAGGACCGGGCAGCAUACAACCAGGCACACAGGGCUACUCACAUAGUCAUCAAGCAUGCCUUCGGGGAGCUGAAGAUGAGGUUCCGCUGCCUGCACCACACGGGUGGCCGAUGCAGCAUGCAGCUCCUGCCUGUGGCUAAGCUAGUGGCUGUCUGCAUCAUGCAGCACAACAUCGCCACCCGGCAAUGCCUGCUGGCCCCCCAGGAGCUUCCCCUCCCAAACCCUGUGUCGCCAGUGCAGGAGAAUGUGGAGGCGGCGACACGGACUGCUGCCCAGCAGGACUUUAGGGGGCACUUGAAUCAGGAGUGUGUGCGAGCUCAUAUCUGGGCCACUUAG